AUGGCUUCACGACAUGGGCCCAGCGCCCCAAGCAACAUAGGCCCCCAGAGAAUGGCCACGUAUGGAGCGUCAUCUCGAAAAAGACCAUCGGCGGUCGCGAAGGCUCACGAUGCGGAACCCGACCAAUCGAGGUCAAACUUAUCGCAAAUAUACGACUACCCUUCGUCGCCUGAGAAUUCCUAUCAACCGCUUAAACACCGAGAUUCGUCGCUCAAAGUCCCGAAAAAGAAGGCGACUGCCUCACUUUCGAAAGUAAACCCUGCCUCUACAACAGUCGACGCAGCGCGGCUCCCAGCUUCCAAAAAUGGAAUGGCACGAAAGAGAGAUUUUGCAUUCGCCUUUGCGGCCGAUCAUGGUCGAAAGGCCAAACGAGACGAAUCCUCCAGUCAAAAGCAUGAUGACAGAGACGCGGCGAGUGCCGUGGUCCAACAGAGGCCCAAGAUUGAUCCCGUCAGCAAUCCUUCUCGUGCCCCGAAGCCAUCUACGGACAGUGUUGCCGUCGGAUCUAGGGAUUUGACUUCUAUGAGCGCGAAGCAGGUCAAACGCACAAUUGCACAUUCUUCGCGUCGCCCGCGCUUGAUCGAUGCUCUUGCUGCACAGAAGGUGUCUCUAUCUUCAUACGAUGAUGAUGAUGACGACGACGGGAGAGGACCAGAAAUACCGCCAAGAGGUGAUCUGAAACGAGGUUUAAGUAGUCGAGAUUUCUACUCUGAAGACACAGAUCUGGGUAUCCGUACUCCAGAUCGCCGAGGGACGACGACACCAGCGAAUCGUAAGGUUAGAUUCACAUACAGCCAGUCUCGGAGCAUUGCCAGUGAAUCGCAAACCCCCGAUGUCUUCGAUAGUCCCAGCAGAGCUCCAGAGGAUGACUUGGAUCCACUGUUGGCCGAGCCGCGUGCAGUUUCUAGCCCUCAAGCCGAUGCCUUUGCGCCCGAUGAAUCCGACGACGAAGAUAACACUCAACCUGCGAUCAAAAGCGUCCAUGAGUUACGGCGGGCAGGGGCAAAUAAUAGAUUCGCGGAUGAGAUGGACGAUUUAAUAGCUAGAAUUGGGGCCCCUGGGCCGAGCAGUUCUACCAUGAGAAGGAAUGCACUCUGUGAAUUGGUACAAAAGCUUCAGCGGAAGGAGUUUCUGAGGCAAUUUCGAGACCACGCGUCUCGCGAUAUGGUUGCUCGAGAUAUUGGCAAAGAAGAGGACAUUAUUUGUGGUUUUGCUCUCGUAUCCGCCUUGCUUUCGUUUCUAACGUCUGGCCCGGCCCCGAACCUGCUGCGUCAAUUGGCACACGACGGUGUUGGUAGGCUGCUGUCCCUUCUUCUCCGCCGUGACGAGGACAUUGCUUUGGUUGCCUCCCAAAAGAAGAUGAACCUGUCGAGAACGUCAAGGUCUUCGGUGGAAGGAGUGAAAGCCAUUCUGCGGGGCCUACCAAUGUGGCAUGGUUAUCAGCCUGUCGACGUCUCCCCACGAACGGCCGCUCUUCAAUUGAUGGCCCUGCUCAGCCGAUGUGCAGAUGCCGCGUUGCUGGAUCAAAUUCUGUCCGACUCACAGCGAGACAUAAUCUCUGUUGCAUCUUGGGCCAGCGACCAGGGCUCCUUCACUGAGGUGGACUAUGCCCUGACUGUUUUCAUGCUCGAAACGCUGUCUAGCGCCGGGGUCGCCUCAAGGCUGAAUUCGGACGGUGGUCAUCCGAGGAGGAUUGCCAGACUUCUUUCGGCGGCACUCCAACGAUGGCCCAGUGGACGGUCGGAGCUGGACUCGGCAAUCCUCAAACUGGCUAUCAACACUACCAAUACGGAGAGCGAGGCGGCUGCGUUCGAUGACUCGCAGCUGUCUACGGGACUGGCAAAUCGCGUGUGUCAUCUUUUUGCCAAUGUCCAUGGGGCAAUCGCCGCGGGGAAGCUGAAUGGUGAGACGUAUGACGAGCUCUUGCUCAUGCUGGGUGUUAUGAUAAACAUUAUGGAACACUGCACCCCGGCCAGGCGGGCAGUAAAUGAAGACACGAUGCAUAAUCUAAUGAAGCUGUGGCAGGAUAAUCAGGAGACUGUUGGCGAGGCGGACUCGGUAGAUAAGUCCAAACUGAGCGUCGCCGUUGGAUACUUGUCUGUGCUACUUGGGUAUAUGUGCCUCGCAGGCCAGGCGCGUGAGCAGCUGGAGCAACUUGUUGGAGCCAGAGCACUACCAGACCUGCGGGCUGCGAUCCAACAAUUCGCCGGGAUGUACAGGGCGGUGGAUAACAAAGCUCACACCAUGGAUAUUCUAGUGCAGGAACUCCGGCGAAUGCCUUGA